AUGCUUGGACCCAAUAGCUCCAGCCUGACACCAAGAUAUCUCAUCCUCAAUGGGAUUCCUGGGCUGGAAGCUGCACACAUCUGGAUCUCUCUGCCAUUCUGCUUCAUGUAUGUCACUGCAGUCACAGGGAACUGUGGGCUCAUGUACAUCAUCAGCCAUGAGGAGGCCCUGCACCGGCCCAUGUACUACUUCCUAGCCUUGCUAUCCGUUAUAGAUCUUAGUGGGUGUACUUCCUUUGUCCCCAAUAUGCUGUGUAUCUUUUGGCUCAGUCUCAGAAAGAUUGGCUUCAAUGCCUGCCUUGUGCAGAUGUUUUUUAUCCACAUGCUGACAGGCAUGGAGUCUGGGGUGCUCAUGCUUAUGGCUCUGGAUCGCUACGUGGCCAUCUGCUACCCUCUACGCUAUUCUACCAUCCUCACCAACACCACAAUUACCAAGGUUGGGCUUGCCACCUUGACUCGAAGUGUGUUGCUCAUGAUACCAUUCAUUUUCCUGAUCAAGCGUCUGCCCUUCGGCAACCUCAUUCAACACACCUAUUGUGACCAUAUGUCUCUGGCCAAAUUAUCCUGUGGCAACAUCAAGAUUAACGCUAUCUAUGGCCUCAUAGCUGCCACAUUGAUUGGAGGGUUUGAUAUGUUCUGUAUCUCCAUGUCUUACACCAUGAUUAUCCACGCUGUAGUAAAUCUGUCAUCUGCAGAUGCUCGUCGCAAAGCUUUCAGCACCUGUACAUCACACAUAUGUGCUAUUGUCAUCACCUAUGUCCCAGCCUUCUUCAAUUUCUUCACUCACCGCUUUGGGGGACACAGCAUACCUCACCAUGUCCACAUUUUAAUAGCCAACCUCUACCUGUUGCUGCCUCCUACCUUGAAUCCAAUUGUCUAUGGAGUGAAGACCAAGCAGAUCCGUGAAGGAGUGAUCAAAUUGUUUUCCAGAGAGAAAGAUAUUUUGAGUGUGAGAUAA